AUGGACUUCGACUUAUUUUCGAAUGAAUCGGCAGCUGAGGACGAUGACGAGUAUCCUCACGUGCACAAUCACUUCGCUGUCUGUGCAGAUCUGCGCGCCGCCAUUCGAGCUGAGUGCGAUAUGAUAUGCCCAGUCCUUAUCGCCAUCGGUGGUCGGAAGGCGCCUUCUGCCUGUUCUAUUCUGAAGACGGUGCCUGUCGAUGUACGUGAGCAUUUCCUCAUGUUUUGCGCGGCACGGGUCCCAUGGACUAGCAUCCCCCUUAAUUCUUGGAUCUCCAUGCGGAGCAUCUGCGCCCACGCAAUUUCGUGGUAUACACACGUCUGCUCAUCCGCCCCGGGUGCUCUUCCUCCUGUUGGCCUAAUCGAUAGUGGCAAUUGCGAGACUGCUUACGCACAUCUUGACGGGAGUGCAACAUUUCUGCUGAACGCCAAUCUCAGCCAUCACACAGUCACCCAUUAUUCUCCUUCGGCGGAGUCUUUUACGGACCUGCUCUCUUCCAGAGCCCCAAAAAUCCAGUCGAACGACGUUAUACCAACACUCUCUUCCGACGUCCGGCAGCAUCUCUUCUCCUUCCUCUCGACCGGCUUCCCACAACAAAUUAUGCCACUGGAGUCGUGGAAGUCUAUUUACAGGCUAUGCAGCCAAGCUAUCAUGCUGCAUGCGCGCUCAACUUCCGACACGAGAUCCUUUGGCUUGUCAACGAACAACGUUUUUCCUGCAAUCCCUUCCACAGUUCAGAUGGGCGCGGAGCCGGGCACAUCUGUUCAAGGUAUUGGACCCCUCGAUUCGUUCCAAGAAGACGAGAUCGCCCAUUUUGAAGACAUACUACAGUCCUUGAAGGAAGACGCUCAUAUUCAGCUUGGCGAAGCUGAUGAUUUGUUCAGCGAGGUCUCCCACGAUCAAGUCUUCGCCGAAGCUGGGCGCGACACGACUGCGCCCUCGGAAUCACUGUGCUUAUGGGCGCGCUGCAAUAGACCUCUGUCGUCUUUGAAUGUUGCAGCCAUUCAAGAACAUAUGCACAUAUAUCAUCUUGACGACCUCCGAUCAGCGCAGGGUCGAUCGGAGCGCAUCUCCUGCCAAUGGAUCGGCUGCACGACGCAUAAAGCCAUCUUGAUUCGCGGCCUCGCGAAGCAUAUUGCGACGCGGCACUUUAGGUCCACGUACAAACUGUGCCCUGUUUGUGAGAGGAUGUUCUCCCGUGGGGACUCAGUAUUUAGACACUGCCGUAUAACGCAUGUCCCUACAAUCUCGCUAGUCGCUCUUUCUCUUCGGCGCGCACCUGUUGUCUUUCAUCGCUCGUUCUCACUAUCGUCGUCUCGUGUGAUCACACGACCUGUUCAGCCGCUUUUACAUCCACCAUCGUCACUCUUUCGACAACCUUUGAUAAUCAGAGGGGCUGCAAGCUCAGUCUCUGGUCGACCGGGCUCGCAGACUUUCAAACAGGCCGCACGAAACAUAAAGGAAGAGGUUGGAAACUCGACAAGUGACCUCGCUAAAAUCAUCGCGGGUGCCAACUGGUUCCAUGAUGCUGUUGAGCCAAACCCGAAGAGGGAUACUUUCCUCGGAAUUACAAAUGCUGUUGCUCAUUCGGUUCCCCCGCAAUACAUUGCGUUCGGCCUUGCCGGAGGUCUUCCGUACCUCGGGACUGCAGCAGCAACGAUCUACAUGGCGCAGCAAGCGGGCAUGGCUACCAUGGAUUUGACCUCGCGCAUCGAUCCUGGCGUUGCGAUCACAAUGCUGGACCACGCGCUGAACAUUCAAAUGACGUACGGAGCCGUAAUGCUCUCGUUCCUCGGUGCGCUGCACUGGGGUUUCGAGUUUGCCGGCUACGGUGGACAUAAGGGCUACAUCCGGCUCUUCCUAGGUGCUGCACCAGUGGUGUUUGGCUGGUCCACUCUCGCACUGCAACCCAUGGAGGCGCUCAUCGCGCAGUGGGUUGGCUUCACUUGUCUGUGGUGGGCCGACCUCAGGGCAACUAAUGCAGGAUGGGCACCGCGGUGGUACUCACAGUACCGCUUUUACUUGUCUCUUCUCGCUGGCGCCUGCAUUAUAGGAUCCCUUGCUGCAACGAGCUAUUGGGGUCCAAUUGGCGGACAUGGCCUCGUCAGUCAUGACCUGAACAUGAUUCGCGCUGAGCGGAAGAAGAAAGCGCCCGAGAUUCUUGGUCUCGUGGGUGGCGAAAUCGAGGCGGUCGCCGCGCCAGCUGAUGCCGACUCGUAUGUGCUCGUUAGGAAACGACGCAACGGUAGUGAAGAGAGCAAAGAGGAGCUAGAGCGUGAGCAGUGA